AGAAAUAAAAUUCAAGAGAUUCUUACAAAUGAUCUUAACCAGCUAUAAAAACGUCAACGACUUUGACUAAUGUGCAGCGUGUAUCCUAAGCUCAACUCAGAAUUCCAUUGAAUCCAACUGUAAUCUUCCUUUGGUUUGAACCAUCCGCCAGCUCAAAAAAACCAACUGCAAACCCCGGAACACCCGAACCCCAAAGAUGGGUGUAACGCCGAAAAUUGCUCCAUCCAUGCUUUCAUCGGACUUCGCUAACUUAGCAUCAGAGGCAAAGCGCAUGCUUGAUUUCGGUGCUGAUUGGCUUCACAUGGAUAUCAUGGAUGGGUAUGUUUCAUUGCUUUCGUGGACUUCUCUUCUCUAGGAUUUUGCAUCUUUAUCUUUCUAUUUCUUCUCUACUUCCUGUUUUUGUUAUUUUUAUACGUUUGGUUUUUUUUCAGCUAUUUUAUAUUUGCUAAUCUUUUUAGUGAAGAUUAUUAACUUAUACUUAAGCCUUAUGUUUCUGUCAUCCAUAAAAUCAUGAUCUAUGGUUUGAAAAAAACGUUUAAGAGUUGUCUACUUUGGGUGAGGAUAUGAUUAUGUGUUAGGAAAUUGAAAGACUCAAUGAUCUUUGCUUUAUAGCUUGAAAAGUUACUUUCAGAAACUUUGGGAUUUUGGAAGGUUUUGUUGAUGGAAUGUAAAGGACCUUACUUAACUGUUUAAAUUGAAUACAAUCUUCUGUGCUUUUAAUGACUAAUCUUACUGUUAAAUGAACUUUUGAAAUUGGAUUGGUUUAUGCAGGGUGCAAGUUAUUCAGGUUCUUAAGCUUUGUUUGAUAUCUUGCUAUAGUUUUUUAAUGAUGAUUUCUUAUGUUCUGGUUAACACUAGAGCUUUUGAUCUGCAUUACGUAUUAUUUACUUAGUCCUUCAUGUUUACAUUAUUGGGUACUUGUAGAUAUGCUUACAUGUUCAUUGUUAAAUUUUGUAUAUAGGCAUUUUGUCCCCAACUUAACCAUUGGCGCUCCAGUCAUUGAGAGUUUAAGAAAGCACACAAAGGCAUUUCUUGAUUGCCACCUUAUGGUCACUAAUCCUAUUGAUUAUGUUGAACCUUUGGGUAAAGCCGGUGCUUCCGGUUUUACUUUUCAUGUUGAAGUAUCCAAAGAAAACUGGCAAGAACUUAUCCAAAAAAUUAAGUCAAAAGCCAUGAGGCCCGGUGUGGCAUUAAAGCCUGGAACACUGAUUGAGGAGGUUUAUCCUCUGGUUGACAGUGAAAAUCCGGUGGAAAUGGUUCUUGUAAUGACUGUAGAACCUGGAUUUGGUGGUCAAAAGUUCAUGCCUCAAAUGAUGGAUAAGGUUCGUGUUCUAAGGAAGAAGUACCCAUCACUUGAUAUAGAGAAUGUGCCGAUACAAAUAUCAGAUAUUGCAAGAAAAAUGAAGUGUCAGAGCAACAUACACGGCCAUAGCUGUCUGCUGAAGAAAUGGUGGGUUUAAUUUGCAGGUGGAUGGUGGGUUAGGGCCAUCAACAAUUGAGAUGGCUGCUUCAGCAGGAGCAAAUUGCAUUGUUGCAGGGAGUUCAAUAUUCGGAGCGGCGGAGCCAGGUACAGUUAUAUCCCAUAUGCGAAACUGUGUUUUGGAAAAUCAG